AUGGUGAGAGCUCCCUUCUAUGAUAAAAAUGGACUAAAGAAAGGUGCAUGGAGUGUGGAAGAAGAUAAUAAACUAAGGUCUUAUAUUCAGAGAUUUGGCCACGGGAUUUGGCGGGAACUUCCCAAAUUUGCAGGUUUAUCAAGGUGUGGGAAGAGUUGCAGACUGCGAUGGAUGAACUACCUCCAGCCAAAUGUAAAACGAGGAAACUACACAGAAGAAGAAGAGCUUAUGAUCAUCAAAUUGCAUGAAGAACUAGGCAAUAAAUGGUCUAUGAUUGCAGCAAGCUUGCCAGGGAGAUCAGAUAAUGAUAUAAAAAACCAUUGGCAUGCCCACCUGAAGAAGCGCACCAAGAAAAUUCCUACAACAUCAAAGAUGAAAAUGCUAUCCAAUGAAGCUUACCAACAUGACGCUGAUAUAGCAAGAAAAACAAAAACUGACAGUUUUGUAAGCAGUUCUCCCUCUUACCAAGUUCAGGAGAGCUCCCAAUUACCCCUAGAAACAUCUUCUAGUGAAUUCUCAUACUUGAGCUUUGAUAAUGCGCCUUUAUCUGGCAUAAAUUGGACUGCAGAAGAUAGUCUCGCUACAUUGGAAACACUUGAACAAUCGUUUAGUGACUUUUGGACUGAACCCUUUAUAUUGGACAAUACCUACGUCCAGAAUAACUAUCCAGAAUCCUUGGCAAAUGGAGGAUUUAGUGCAUCUCAAUCAUGCUACAAUGAAGGAAUAGAUACCAUCUACGAGGCAAUGCAAGAAUUUGAGAACUACCAGCAGAGAAUUAAUGAAGAUCCAUAUUUGAUGAAUUAG